CCCAUACUCAACCGUAUUACCCACCUCUCUGCCCACCCAGCCCAGACAACCAAACCCAAGAUCGGUGGUUUCUACCUGAUCAAUCUUCCUCUCUCCAUCCCCUUGCUACUCUCAUUUUAUCUCUUCUACUAUACUCUCGUUCAAGCCAUCUUUCUAUCUAGCCUGGAUCAUCACACAGCCAUUUCUCUGGUCCUCUGGCCUUCCUCCCCCAGGGACUCGUUUAAAAAUCUGCUGGACUCCUUAUUCUAGGGGAGGUGUCACUAAAAUGUUUGAGAGAAUGAUUCCUUCCCCUGCCACUGACAGGAGUCUUGAGUCAUCGAGGCUUAAUCCUGGUUGUUACUCCUAAUCCCAGGACACUGGUGAUCGUUAUCUACUUUAAGGUGAUUGCUGAUUUCUGUUUCCCCAUCAGUCUUGUAGCUCCUUGAAGGCAGGUGCUGUCUCGCGCAGCACUCUAAUCUCCCCACCUACUAUAUAGCGCCCAGCUGUUAGUAGGAAAUAUAAAUAUAUGACGAUAUAAAUAUUGGCUUUACCUGUACAGCCUGGUUCCAUCAUCUGCUGUAUACCUGGCUAGAUAAGACUAUUAGAAUCAUGGAGAUUGAGACUGGUGCCAAGCUUCCGGGAUACUCAGAUCGUCAGAUGAGAACAAAUUCCUCAUGUCAUGAUAAGAUGGAGUUACAGAGUUCUUUCUUUUGGGCAUUUGUUGUUGCGUCGCUACAGCGGACUUUACGGUGAAUAAAGGUAGGGGUCCUACGGGCAGCAGUCAGGGCAGCCCCAGGGCUGUCACUGGAGUCCGAUCAUGUGAUCUUCAACAUGGCGACGCCCUUGGUUCCCUCCAGGAAGGGGCGGAGCCUGGAUUGGGGCAGGCUCAGAUUCGGUUUAAAGCGGGGGUUGUGGUCGCAGUUACUGACAGCUUACCAUGGAGGAGAACGGGUUCAGACCUAAAGGUUUUCCGGAAUUGAAGAAUGACACAUUCCUGCGAGCAGCCUGGGGAGAGGAAACAGACUACACUCCCGUUUGGUGCAUGCGUCAGGCUGGCCGCUACUUACCAGAGUUUAGGGAAACCCGGGCUGCCCAGGACUUUUUCAGCACCUGUCGCUCUCCUGAGGCCUGCUGUGAACUGACUCUGCAGGUGAGGAGUCCACAAAAGAGGGAGGGAUUUAUGCCCUCAGCUUGCCCCGUUAAGCAACCUGUCCCAUAUUCCCUACAGCCACUGCGUCGCUUCCCUCUGGAUGCUGCCAUCAUUUUCUCCGACAUCCUCGUUGUACCCCAGGCACUGGGCAUGGAGGUGACCAUGGUACCUGGCAAAGGACCCAGCUUCCCAGAGCCAUUAAGAGAAGAGCGGGACUUAGAGCGCCUGCGGGAUCCAGCAGUGGUGGCCUCUGAGCUGGACUAUGUGUUUCAGGCCAUCACCCUUACCCGACAACGACUGGCUGGGCGUGUGCCACUGAUUGGCUUUGCUGGUGCCCCGUGGACCCUGAUGACAUACAUGGUUGAGGGUGGCGGCUCAAGCACCAUGGCUCAGGCCAAGCGCUGGCUCUAUCAGAGACCUCAGGCCAGUCACCAGCUGCUUCGCAUCCUCACUGAUGCUCUGGUCCCAUAUCUGGUAGGACAAGUGGCUGCUGGUGCCCAGGCAUUGCAGCUCUUUGAGUCCCAUGCAGGGCAUCUUGGCCCACAGCUCUUCACCAAGUUUGCACUGCCCUAUAUCUGUGAUGUGGCCAAGCGAGUGAAGGCCGGGCUACAGAAGGCAGGCCUGGCACCAGUGCCCAUGAUCAUCUUUGCUAAGGAUGGGCAUUUUGCCCUGGAGGAGCUGGCUCAGGCUGGCUAUGAGGUGGUUGGGCUUGACUGGACAGUGGCCCCAAAGAAAGCCCGGGAGCGUGUGGGGAAGAUGGUGACCUUGCAGGGCAACCUGGACCCCUGUGCCCUGUAUGCGUCUAAGGAGGAGAUUGGGAGGCUGGUGCAGCAGAUGCUGGAUGACUUUGGGCCACAACGCUACAUUGCCAACCUAGGCCAUGGACUUUAUCCUGAUAUGGAUCCGGAACACGUAGGGGCCUUUGUGGAUGCUGUGCAUAAACACUCACGUCUGCUUCACCAGAACUGACAUACACCUUUACCUUCAAAUACCACUAACAAAGAUGAUUGAUUGUUUCCCGAAGAAUAAAAGUUCCAGGGUUGGAGUCUA